GUGAGUUUCUAAGUACUUCUGUAUUCUUUGAUUUUUUAAACUAGUAAUUAGAAAAAUUAUUUUUAUUUAUUACGUGAACUAAUAAAUUGUAAUUAAAUACUACUACGUAUUAUUAAUUUAAUUAAAAAUUAGAAACGUAAUAACUUCAUUAUACAUGAUCUUGAACGUAUAUGUAAAUGUGUGUAAUAAGUGCAUUCAAAAGAUAUAAACAGCAUGUGUUUCCUGUAUAUUUGUUGAUAAUCAAAAUACCUAAAAGUUAAAUAACGUUAAACUAUUGUUUUAUAUUUUACUCGUUAUCAAUUGUUAAUAAUCAAUAUUACACAACUUAAUUGAAUUGAUAGACUAAAGUGAUACAUUAUAAUCAAACAUUGAGAUAAGCUGAACUAUGCCGGAAAUAAAAGUAACGCCUUUAGGUGCGGGUCAAGAUGUUGGGAGGAGUUGUAUACUUGUAUCGCUAGGAGGAAAAAAUAUCAUGUUUGAUUGCGGUAUGCAUAUGGGAUUCAAUGACGAAAGACGAUUCCCUGAUUUCUCGUAUAUUGUACCAGAAGGACCUGCGACUGGUUACAUAGAUUGCGUUAUUAUUUCCCACUUUCAUUUGGAUCACUGCGGAGCUCUUCCGUACUUUACAGAAAUGGUAGGCUAUACAGGACCAAUUUAUAUGACCCAUCCUACUAAAGCUAUUGCUCCUAUACUUUUAGAAGACAUGAGAAAAGUAGCUGUAGAACGUAAAGGAGAAAGUAACUUUUUCACAUCGCAAAUGAUUAAAGAUUGUAUGAAAAAAGUCAUUGCUGUUACCCUCCAUCAAUCAGUCAUGGUAGAUUCAGAAUUAGAAAUAAAAGCAUAUUACGCAGGACACGUUCUUGGGGCAGCUAUGUUUUGGGUACGCGUAGGAUCUCAAUCAAUUGUGUAUACAGGUGAUUACAAUAUGACACCAGAUCGUCAUUUGGGUGCAGCAUGGAUAGAUAAAUGUAGACCAGAUUUAUUAAUAUCAGAAUCCACAUACGCUACUACAAUCAGAGAUUCCAAAAGAUGUAGGGAAAGAGAUUUUUUGAAAAAGGUUCACGAAUGCAUUGAUAGAGGUGGGAAAGUUUUAAUUCCUGUAUUUGCUCUUGGUAGAGCUCAAGAACUUUGUAUAUUACUUGAAACAUAUUGGGAAAGAAUGAAUUUAAAAGUACCAGUUUAUUUUGCUUUGGGUUUGACCGAAAAAGCAAACAAUUAUUAUAAAAUGUUUAUCACUUGGACCAAUCAAAAAAUAAAAAAGACUUUUGUGCAACGGAAUAUGUUUGAUUUUAAGCAUAUAAAACCAUUCGAUAAAUCAUAUAUCGAUAAUCCAGGUGCAAUGGUCGUAUUUGCAACACCAGGAAUGUUACAUGCUGGUUUAUCCUUACAAAUUUUUAAGAAAUGGGCACCGAAUGAAGCCAAUAUGGUAAUCAUGCCCGGAUUUUGCGUACAAGGUACAGUUGGACGUAAAGUCUUAAAUGGAGCACGUAGAAUAGAAUUUGAAAAUCGUCAAAUAGUCGAAGUUAAAAUGGCUGUGGAAUAUAUGUCUUUUUCCGCGCACGCAGAUGCGAAAGGCAUCAUGCAAUUGAUACAAUACUGCGAACCUAAAAAUGUUAUGUUAGUACAUGGCGAAUUUGCAAAGAUGGAAUUUUUAAAAGAGAAAAUUAAACAAGAAUUUGGUACAAAUUGUUACAAUCCUGCUAAUGGAGAAACAAUCGCUAUUACAACAACUUCUAAAGUUCCGGUAGAUGCUUCCCUUGCUUUACUAAAAGCAGAAGCAAAAAGAUAUUCUGCUUUGCCACCAGAUCCUAAAAGACGCAGAUUAUUACAUAGUGUUUUAAUGCUGAGAGAAGAUGGCGUUUGCCUAGUCGAUGCAGACGAAGUUGCUAAAGCAGCAGGUAUAACUAAACACGUAGUACGAUUUACUUCUACUGUACAAGUUCGAGAUCCUGGACCAGCACAUUCUACUACUUUGAAAUUGUUGCAACCUCUUAAAGAGAGAUUAGCAGGUUGGACAGUACAAUUGACAGAUGGUUCGAUCUCUGUAGAAUCUGUUUUAGUUAAAGUAGAAGGCGACGAAGAUGAACAAAAAAGUGUUUAUGUUUCUUGGACUAAUCAAGAUGAAGACUUAGGAAGUUACAUACUAGGAUUUUUGCAAACGAUGUUAAAUUGAUAUAAUGAAUGAUAACACAAAGAGAUAGGAUUAUAGAAAUGUUGUACAUAUAUCUGUGAUAUUUGAUCCAUUACUCUGAUAUCAUAUUUUUAAUCAAAUAGACAUAUAUUUCAUUUAUUAAUCUAAUUUAAACAUCGAUUUUACUUUCUUAUAUCAUUUUCUUUUUCAGAAUUAAAACAACUAAGAAUUAUAGAUUAUAUGAAGCAGCAAUUUUGCAACCAAAAUAAUUAUAUGUAUAAGAAUAAAAAUGAGCUAUUUUUU